AUGGAUUCCGAGGUGAAGUCCCAACUAAUUACAGGCUGCCUGUCGGAAAAAAUCCGCCAGAAGGGACUCAUGAACUCAGAUAUGUCACUACAUGACUUAAUAAACUACACAAGGACAACGGAGGACGAUAGCGUCGCACCUACAAACAAUGCGACUGAAGAUAACAACACCGCUAUCGCUACAAUCCCUCCCAAUAAAAAAAGUCGCAGACGAACAAGCGCCCGACCAAGCAACUAUCCCCGGCAAUACCAGUGCAGGAAUUGCAACGGAAAUUACCCUCGCGGCGGGACUGACGUCUUGCCCUGCACUUCAUACCCAACAACGGGAAACAAAUCGUCCCCACUCACAGACCAAUCAACGCCAGUGGACCGCAUUGAAAACGACCAACGGAACCCACGUAGCAGCGGUAGUGAUACAGAAUUAAACAAAAUUCCCACAGAGCCGCCAGACGUUCAACGACUAGCCGACUCAGGCACCACCAUUAACGCCCUGUCUGAGGCAGACUUCCAAACGUUUGAGACCAGCACCCCCCACCUCCGACCCACAAAAACGGUAAUAUCUGGGUUUGGUGUAAAGGAAACCACCCCAGCCCUAGGCUGGUUCAACAUACGCCUAGAAUUCAUGGGCACCGCUUGCCAGGCCGACAUACAUGUGAUAAAGAGCCCAGAAAAGCCCAUCAUCAGCUGGGAGACAUGCAAAAGGCUAGGACUGCUAUCCGCACACAAACUCUCCAUCAACCAUAUACUGAUAUGGCACAAAUCCCUCCCUCCACCAUUAAACUUCUGGACGACCAUGCAGACCACUUCAAUGGCCUAG